AUGAGCUCUGCGACGGUGGAAGAGUUCGUCGAGCUGCUCAAUGCAGAGCAGCACGUGGACCUGCAAAAGCUGCGAGAUCUCGCUCGUCAUGGAGUGCAGCCUUCUGUACGUGGCGAGGUGUGGCUCUACCUUCUCGGCGUUCUCAGCGAUGACAAAGGGCAAGAGAUGACCUCGGUACGUAGCAAGUACCUGGCGUACGAAGCACUUGACAAACACAAUCCAGCGCUGGAAAAACGGAUUCGUAGCGAAUGUCAGCGGUACUACCAAAAACGACUAGGCACACGCCCGCCUCCAGGCCGAACGCUGAUGCGAAGUUCAGCCAGUGUACUUUCGCGCCGACCUGCUGGAUUCUCAACGUCGGCACUCGCCACCAACGCAGCUAGCAGCGUAUCUCUGGCACGAGAUUUUUCCAUCGACUCAUCGACGUCUUCGCAGAACUUGACGCCAUCGUCACAUGCAGAUGGCACACAGUUUGCGAUCUCGGGCUCCAACGCAACCAACCUGGCAACAACCAUGCUCAACGCGAUAGAUCGCGGACCGAACCGCGUCAAUGAUGGACGUAUCCAUGCGCUGGGUGGCAUCAUUGGCGAGAGCGGCGUUUCUGCGGCUAUGGAUGCCGACGAUCCCGAUGCGGCAGCUGCGCUCGAGCUCAAGCGAUUCGGUCGCAGUGUAGAAAACAUCAUUUGUGCCUUCAUGAACCGAUGCGCUGCAGCAGAAAUCGAACGCAGACAAGCGGCUCACGACGCUAGCGAGUCGGCAUCCUCGACACGCAGCUCGGAAGCGGGCGGUAAGACAUUCUUGAGUUCGCACGUGGUCGAUUCAAGGCACGCCGAUCGAAGCAGAGGUCGUGCGCAGACAGAAAGAGAGGCAGAACAAGACGUGUGCGGAUCCAGCAAAUCAAUCGAGAGCAGCAUCGCAAACGGACUCUCGACCGAUGUGGACCGAGUGGCCCGUACGACGGGUGGCGCGCCGCCACUUGACGGAUAUGUCCAUGCACAUAGCAGCGGCGCAAGCUCACUCUCUCGUUCACGUGCAGCAUCGUUGAGCAGCGCGAGCAACGGUGGCACGUCAGGCGUCGUAGCUGGACGAAGCAACAUCAGCAUGGAAGAAGCGGUUCGGUCUCGCAUGCCACGCGAAUACGAAUGGGAACCGCAAGUGCAGCACACCACCUCAGGGGCUUGUGACACGGCUGCCGAAUUCCACCCGGCCUUGGUGUACCUGUGCGCACCAUUCGUGCAAUGCGUACGCGUAGAAGCGGGCAUGUACUUUGCCUUUGAAAAGCUCAUGACACUCAUGGCACGACACAGCGCUCGUCAUCCACUUCCGCGACAAGUGGCGACGUUCCUGACGCUGUUCCGCACAACGUUGCCGGAGCUGCACUCCUACUUUGAAGAAGAGGAAGUCGACAUUAUCGGAUUCGCAACCAACUGGUUGCAGCACCUAUUGGCGGGCGAGUUGAGGAUAGAGGAUCUGAUGCGCUUGUGGGAUACGUAUUUCGCGCUGCCAGAUUUCAUGGAUCUGCAUCUGUAUGUGUGCAUUGCGAUCCUGACCAACUGCAAGGACUCGUUGGAGGAGCUGGAUCGGUCCGAAACGAGGAGCAUGUUGGACAGCCUGCCUCCGUUGGAUGUGGACAGGAUCAUCAACGAGGCGAUCAAUAUCCGAUUGAGUCAUCAACGCUCGCAGCGUACGGACGAUGUUUAG